UGAACACACGCGCAAACUCCGCGGGGAGACAUUGGCCAGGCCAGUGAACAGGGCCAAUGCCUCUCUAGCUGUAGACAGACGCUGCCGCCUGGCGAGAGAAGCCAUGAUCAAGGUUGGUUUUCAAAGCAAAGCUUCCAAGUGCAGUUGCACUACAGACAAGCUUCAGAGCUCCAAUGCUUCAUCCUCGAUGGGGAAACGCAGGCGAUGCAUAUAGGCGUUUAGACCGCCAAGCUUUAGGUCCCGGUGCCACCCACAACCCAAGUUUAAGGGUCCCAGGGAUGCGCGAUGACGCUGGAGCAUCAUUUUUCUCGCCCAACCAUUUCCCAGAUUUCGGAGCUGAAAAACAUGGAUGGAUGAGAGAAAAAACGGAAAUAAAAUGUCUCCCGUCCCCGAAUGUAUAUUUUUCUUAUCUCUGAAACCACCUCGGACUUGAGAUCUGGGAGAUAUCGCAGAUAGAAGUAUCCCCGACGCUGUUUGGUCAGCGAACUAUUUACUAACAGUGGACCGACCCGACCCUCGGUCAUUUUUCCAAAGGCCGAAAAAGAGCUGAAGCUGCACUACGACCGACCUGUACUCACCGUACUUGUACACUGCCACUGCAUUUCUUCUGGAUAACUUCUGAUCUUCACCAUCCCAUACAAAAAAAACACGCACGCCCGCCCGCACGCACUCACUAUUUUUACCUUUGCGCAUCCCCCUCCAUUUUCCCCUCCAAAACAUCCCACACUGCCCCUCAUUUUGGUCUUUUCUACACUUGCACCAGCGCACACGCGGAAUGCCCUCAUAUCCUCACCCACAAUCGCUACCAUGUCCGGGAAGUUGUCGUCGGUGCUUGAGAAGCAGGAGCAGGUAAUGAGGAAGAAGGCUUGGGAUAGGGAACAUAUGAGAUACCCGUUUUGGUUUGGGGGAAGCGCCAGUUGUUUUGCCGCAUGUGUAACGCACCCUUUGGAUCUUGGUUAGUUUUUUUUUCUCCAUUGAUUUUCCCAUAUUUCUGCGAGCGCAUCAAGUUCUAACAAUUUCGAUAGUAAAAGUAAGCUCUUGCAAUCUUACAAAACUCUAGAUUUGAUUCCCAAUUACUUACACAACCCGCCAGGUCCGUCUACAAACGCGCCAACCCGACGCCCCAAGAACAAUGAUAGGAACCAUCAUCCACGUCUUCAAGCACGAUGGAUUUCUAGGCCUCUACUCCGGUCUCUCAGCCUCCGUCCUACGCCAACUCACCUACUCCACCACCCGCUUCGGCGUCUACGAAGAGCUCAAAGCCGACUUCACAAGCACCAAAUCCUCGCCCACCUUCCCAGCCCUCAUCGCCAUGGCAAGCACAUCCGGCUUCCUAGGUGGCGUAGCCGGAAAUCCAGCCGACGUGCUGAAUGUGCGAAUGCAACACGAUGCCGCGCUACCACCCUCCCAGCGAAGGAACUACAAAAACGCCGUCGAUGGUCUGAUACGCAUAACCCGGGAGGAAGGGUGGAAAUCCCUGUUCCGGGGCGUGUGGCCGAAUUCCAUGCGUGCGGUUCUGAUGACCGCUUCGCAAUUGGCAUCGUAUGAUGGCUUUAAACGGGUGCUCAUCACUCAUACACCAUUGACCGAUAACCUCACCACUCACUUCUCUGCCUCGUUCCUCGCGGGCUUCGUGGCGACGACGGUCUGUUCACCCGUUGAUGUCAUCAAGACCCGUAUCAUGAGUAGCCACGAAAGCCAAGGGUUGCGCAAGUUACUCGUAGAUGUUUACCGAGUCGAAGGCGUGGGGUGGAUGUUCCGCGGUUGGGUCCCGAGUUUUAUUCGCUUGGGUCCUCAUACCAUUGCCACGUUCCUCUUUCUGGAACAGCAUAAGAAGAUGUAUAGGAAGCUCAAGGGUAUGGAUAAUGCGCUUCCGACGCCGUAAAAUGGAGAGAAGAGACGGUGUGGGUGUUGGUGAGAUUGUUUUUUGAAAAGUCCUGAAGAAAUAGAAUUUGGGGAAGGCGACUUCGAGGACUUGGCUAGCAGAGCGGGAU